CGACAAUUUGCUAUCCCAUGUGGACCUUUCUGAAAAGCUGUUUUCCUUGUCUGGGAUGUCCUUCCCUUUUUCUUUUACUCAGAUUUUGUACUGUACUUUAAACACACCAAAAGUUGACAUGGAAAGACUCGUAGGAGUACAAAUAGGUCUUGAAGAUUUCAUAUUUGCCCAUGUGAAAGGAAUUAAAAAAGAAGUGAAUGUGUGUAAAUCUGAAGAUGCACUUGGCAUCACCAUUACAGAUAAUGGCAUUGGGUAUGCUUUUAUAAAGAAUAUCAAAGAUGGUAGCCUUAUUGACUCAAUUAAAACAAUCUGUGUGGGAGAUCAUAUUGAAUCCAUAAAUGGACAAAAUAUCGUUGGAUGGCGUCAUUAUGAUGUUGCUAAGAAGUUAAAGGAAUUAAAAAGAGAGGAACUAUUUACCUUGAAGUUAAUAGAACCUAAGAAGGCAUUUGAAAUAGAGCCAAGGUCAAAAGCUGGAAAGUCAUCAGUAGGAAAAGCUGGGACUGGAAGGGGGACACUUCGACUGAGAUCAAAAGGUCCUGCCACAGUGGAGGAAGUGCCAUCUGAAACUGAAACAAAGGCAGUUAAAAAGAUUGAUGACCUGCUUGAAUUGUACAUGGGAAUUCGAGAUACCGAUUUAGCUACCACAAUGUUUGAAGCUGGAAAGGACAAAGUUAAUCCAGAUGAAUUUGCUCUGGCACUUGACGAACGUCUUGGAGACUUUGCAUUUCCUGAUGAAUUUGUCUUUGAUGUUUGGGGAGCUAUUGGUGAUGCCAAACAAGGACGACUGUGAUGUGGAUGAUCCGUCUCUGAAGAAAUGAACCGUUGUUUAUCAAAACAAAACAAAACAUCAACCUAUAAGAUCUGGUUUUACAUACUGUUAUGAUCUGGUUUAGUUACGUGUGUGGACUACACUCUUUGCAAUAUAAUUUUGAUUUCUGGGUACUUUUUAACACAGUUGUUUAGUAUGCUUAAGAUAAAUUACCCAAAAUUAUGGUCAAGUUUAAUAUUCAUUCAAAAGUUUUUUUGAAGUAAAUUUUA